CAUCACCAUCAUAUAAUCCUCACUCGCAAAUCUGGUACCUUGGUCGUGAGAUUCAUCCUCCUGUCAUCCAGACUUACCGACAUCCUGGAUAUCAACUUGAGCGAUUGGUGUGGAACUCCAACAGCACCGCCAAACAUGUCUCAGUCUGAACAACGACUCACAAUGAACAUGCGGGGCGCCAGGGAUCGUCAGAUCCAAUUGCUGAAGAAGAAAGCCGGCGCGGAUUUGACCAUACCGGUCAAUCCUGAGCCCCCCGAAAACAUCCGCAAGAUGCUUGACGCCGGCAGCAGCGCCCUCGGGGUACCUCAAUCCAAGUACACUUGCUUCACACAAGAGGAAAUACCCGUACCCCCUGCCGUCAAAUCUGACCCCCUUGGCAUCUGGCUUGGCUGGGGCGGCUCCAUCCCGCGCUGGCAGAGGGGCGAGGAAGUCAGGUUCGCGGCCCUACGGCGAGGGUACCCUACGUCUAACCAUGCCACCUUCGCCGCGUACAAGCUCAACGAGGCCGCCAAAAUGUGGAACGACGCCAAAGUCGGAGUCACCUUCAAGUGGGUCGAUGAACUGGAGAAGGCGGCCUUCGUGCUCGCCUAUGGUGGCGACCAGGGAGGGGUUCUCGCCAAGGCCUUCUUCCCCAACUCCAACGACCUCAACACGCUCUUCGUGUACCAGAAGGCUUUCGACACUGCCAUCAGCCCAUACCAGACCAACAUCUUCCUUCAUGAGCUUGGUCAUGUGCUGGGGCUGCGCCAUGAGUUCGCUGCCCAGGAGGGGGGUGCGGUGGCGUUCGGCUCAGCCAACCCGCGCUCUGUCAUGAGCUACACUUUCCCGCCCAACAUUCGCGACUCGGAUAAGAAGGACACUCAGGACUUUUAUAACUAUGAAGAGGAGACAUUGCGCGGUCUUCAGAUUGUUGACUUCAUUCCUAACUAACGACGUUAGAAAAAUGCUGGAAUAUACCCGUGCUCGAGAAGUAGACUCGAUUCGUGUUGGCAGCUGCUGGGGCAUCGUGGGUGUCAUCGAGGUGCCAGAGAGGGAUGCGCCCUUGAGAGUGUAUGGAGGUAUGAUACUUUGACUGUGGUUACUAGAGGGAGCUUUCGGUCGAUGUAAGGAGUUCUCCACUGGAGUUUAAGCUCGGCCGACCGUUAGCGGGUUUCUGUCAUUACAGACAUGUCACGGAUUCCCGGAUGUUGACUUCCGAUUCACCACGUGGUAAGAGAGUUUACCUACCUCUGCUAAUAGGGUCCAUUUGGCUGGGAUAUUCCCUCUUCGUUCAUAGUUAAACAACCCGAACCAUUGAUCGCCCGAA